AUGCUUGGCUCGGAAGCGCACUUCGGCCAGAUGGAGUGUCUGAAGCUUGUAGCAAGUCCGCGCUUUGGAGAUAAACGUCUUGGAUAUUUGGGAAUCAUGUUACUGUUGGAUGAGAGUCAAGAAGUACUCACCCUUGUCACAAACUCGUUGAAGAACGAUAUGAACCACGCCAAUAUGUAUGCUGUUGGCCUAGCCCUAUGCACCUUCGCAGAUAUCGCUUCUGAGGAGAUGUCACGGGAUCUAGCUAACGAGAUAGAGAAGCUACUAGGCUCAAGUAAUACUUACAUACGAAAGAAGGCUGCACUAUGUGCACUUCGUGUGGUGCGGAAGGUACCAGACCUGGCCGAUCAUUUCAUCGCAAAAGCAAAAAACUUGCUAGCAGAUCGGAAUCACGGUGUUUUGCUUACCUCCAUCACACUAGUUACAGAGAUGUGUCAAACAGAUCCCGCGUGUCUCGAAGAGUUCCGUAAUGCUGUACCCUUGCUUGUUCGACAUCUCAAAUCGCUGGUCACGACCGGCUAUAGUCCGGAACAUGAUGUUUUGGGCAUUACGGAUCCUUUCCUCCAGGUCAAGGUCCUUCGAUUGAUGCGACUCCUUGGUAGAGGUGACGAGAAGGCGAGCGAAACGAUGAAUGAUAUUCUUGCGCAGGUGGCUACAAACACCGAUUCGACGAAGAACGUCGGUAAUUCAAUUCUCUACGAGACUGUGAUGACGGUCCUCGAGAUCGAGGCAGAUAGCGGCCUGCGAGUAAUGGCUAUCAACAUUUUGGGAAAAUUCCUCAGCAACCGUGACAACAAUAUUCGAUAUGUCGCCCUCAAUACCCUCAACAAGGUCGUUUCCAUCGAUACAAACGCAGUACAGCGUCAUCGUAAUAUCAUACUCGAUUGUCUCCGCGACGGCGAUAUUUCGAUCCGACGACGCGCUCUUGAGCUAUCUUACGCGCUCAUUAACGAACAGAAUGUGCGCAUCCUGAUUCGUGAACUUCUGGCGUUCCUCGAACUCGCAGACGACGAGUUCAAGUUGGGCAUGACAACACAAAUAUGCUUGGCCGCUGAGCGUUUCGCUCCAAACAAACGAUGGCAUAUUGAUACGGUUCUGCGUGUGCUCAAGCUGGCCGGUAACUUCGUCAGGGAGGAAAUUUUGUCCGCUUUCAUUCGUCUCGUCGCACACACACCUGAGCUGCAGGCAUACACCUCAUCGAAACUCUACACAUCACUCCGGGCUGAUAUCUCUCAGGAGUCGCUAACUUUAGCUGCCACUUGGGUGCUCGGCGAAUACAGCGAGGUAUUAUUGGAGGGUGGCCUUGUAGACGAAGAUAAGCCGAAACAGAUCACAGACAUAGAGCUGAUCGAUCUCCUGUUAUCUAUUGUCGACUCCCCCUACGCGAACCAUCUCACUCGACAGUUCGUCCUCACAGCAAUUACCAAGAUUUGUUCGCGUCCGACAACAUCACCCGCUCAGCAGGAGCGAAUUGACAACGUCCUUCUCUCUUACACCACGAGCCCUGAACUUGAAAUCCAACAGCGAGGAGUAGAGUUUGCUAGCCUAUUCAACCUUGAUGUUCGUGCUGGCGUGCUGGAACGAAUGCCUCCCCCAGAGCUCAAAGCUACUGUCAUGGGGGUCGUGAGUGAAAACAAGCCUGUAGGAUCCGUUCAACCAAGCAGAGAUGGCGAUCUUCUUGGUGAUGAUAUUCCGUCGGGAACCACACCGGCUGUGAACAAUGGGGCGGCACAAGUCGCGCAGAACAAUCAAGACCUCCUCGCAGAGAUUUUUGGCACCUCUUCAGUAUCGGCUGUUGCGUCUCCUGCAGCGCCUGUGCAGGGCCAGAAAAGUACAGUGCAGGAUAUUCUCGGGCUAUUUGACUCACCAUCUGCUCCAAGUCCUACUCCUGCUCCUGCCCCGUCCCAACCUCCGCCAUUCGCCAUAUCGAAUGGCAUUCAGCCUGCCUUAUCUGCCAUCAGCCUCCCGCAAACACAGACACCACCGCCACAGCAGGCACAGCCACGCCUGACUGCGUACCCGGCUUACGACAAGAACGACUUGAGGAUCACACUGACGCCGCAAGUAUCACCCGCCCGGCCAGGCAUCGUCAAUAUCUUGGCGCGAUUCCAGGUCACUGGCAGCACUCCGGCGUCGGGUCUUAGCUUCCAGGCGGCAGUCCCAAAGUCGCAACAGUUGCAAAUGAUGCCCAUGUCGAACCCAGAUGUUCAACCUGGCGCUGUAGAGACGCAGCAGAUGCGCGUUAUGGCCCCUGUUGGUGCUAAUCUGCGACUGCGACUGCGGAUAUCCUAUUCCUUGGGAGGAAGCGCCAUCCAAGAUCAAGUAGACUUCAACGGAUUCCCUCCAGGAUUGACGGGUGGUUCUUAG